AUGAGUAUCACACGAAGACAACACACAGCAUCCAUAUUAGCAAAUGGAUCAGUAUUAAUUACUGGUGGAUACAACGGUAGCAGAUAUCUGAAUAGUGCUGAAUUGUACAAUCCAUCAACAAACAUUUGGGCAACUACAGGCAGUAUGAAUGUCGCACGGCAAUAUCACAGAGCAUCCUCAUUAGAAAAUGGGUUAAUAUUAGUUACUGGUGGUUACAGCGGUAGUAGUUAUCUGGAUAGUGCUGAAUUGUACAAUCCAUCAACAGACACCUGGGCAACUAUAGGAAACAUGAAUGUUGUACGAGAUCUUCACACAGCAUCUAUAUUAGCAAAUGGAAAAGUAUUAAUUACUGGUGGAUACAACGGUAGUAGUUAUCUCAAUAGUGCUGAGCUUUAUUAA